AUGGGAAGAACACUCGCAUAUCCGAAGCGAGAUGCGAACACGGUGAACAGGUACAAACAUCGAGCAACGUAUGACCUCAAUGCUAUUCACUCUAUCAUCAACUCAAGUCAAGUGCUCCAUGUGUCGUUCAGUCCAGGGCCUCCGGAUCCUUUUCCCGCCAUAUUGCCCAUGAUCGGUAAGAUGGGCUCAUUUGACUAUCCAUCGGCUGGACUUGAUGAGCCUCUAGACUGCUAUCUACAUGGAUAUGUCAGUUCACGGAUCAUGAAUCUAGCGAGGAAAUCGGAAGGAGACGGAUUGCCUGUCUGCAUCGCUGCGAGUAGAGUAGACGGAUUAAUCCUGUCUCUUACACCCAAUUCCCAUAGCUACAACUACCGCUCCGCUAUCCUUCACGGCUAUGCUGGACUGGUCACGGACGAAGCAGAAAAACUCUGGGCGAUGAAACUCAUUACGAAUUCAGUGGUGCCGGAUCGCUGGGACCAUACCCGAGUACCCCCAGACAAUGCCGAGAUGUCUUCCACCGUCAUUCUUAAGGUCAAGAUUGUCGACGGCAGUGGCAAGAUUCGAGAUGGCGGUGUCUCUGACGAGAGAAAGGACAAGAGCAACAACGAUGUGACCAGUAGGGUCUGGACGGGCGUUGUGCCUGUCUAUGAGGCGUUUGGAGACCCUGUUCCGAGCCCAGAGAACAAGGUUUCUGAAGUACCAGAGUACAUCAGCUCAUUCAUUGCCGAUAUGAACAAGCACAAUCGGGAUUAUGCUGUGACAGCAGUCAAUGUUGGGCUUCCGGCGGAGGAGCAACAUUGA